ACACACACACACACACACACACACACACACAUACACGCGCGCGCGCACACACACACACAACCGGAUCUUUGCUGGGAAGCAGACGGAGGCGCACUGCCGGGAGACGCAAUGUUGGUGAAGCUGGCCGCGGUGCUGCUGGUUUUUUCGGUGCUGGAACAAGUAGUAGGAUCGGAUAAUAUUGAUUUUCACGACCUCCCUCCGGAGAAGCCUGCGAGCCACAAAGGACGCCUGUCUCUGCAGAAUACAGCGGAGAUCCAGCACUGCCUGGUGAGUGCUGGGGAUGUUGGCUGUGGUGUGUUUGAGUGCUUUGAGAAUAACUCCUGCGAGAUACGAGGGCUACAGGAAAUCUGCAUGACGUUCCUGCACAACGCUGGCAAAUUUGACUCUCAGGGGAAGUCUUUCAUCAAGGAUGCCCUGAAGUGUAUGGCACACGGUCUACGGCACAAGUUCAGCUGCAUCAGCAGAAAGUGUGUGACCAUAAAGGAGAUGGUGUUCCAGCUCCAGAGAGAGUGCUACAUCAAACACAACCUGUGCUCAGCUGCUAAGGAGAACGUGGCCGUCAUGGUGGAGAUGAUCCACUUUCAAGACCUUUUCCCCAAAGGUCCUUACGUGGAACUGGUGAACAUUCUCCUCAGCUGUGGAGAGGAAGUGAAGGAGGCUCUGACGCGGAGUGUCCGGCUGCAGUGUGAGCAAAACUGGGGGGCGCUCUGUGACAGCCUGAGCCUCUGCUCCUCCCUUGUCCCAUCCCCUGCCAGUUCCCCUGUUGAACACCACCACCGCCAUGCCUUGCCUUCCCUCCUUGAGCCGGAACACCCUCGCCCCCCACGGCUAGGUGAUAAGGACAGACCUGGUAAAGCGGCUUUAAACACUCAUCCACGAAGUCGCAGUCCAGGACCCCGUAGACAUGGUACAGAAGCUGGAGUGAUGGCUGAGCAGGAAGACCCCAAGGCCACUGAAAUCCAGAGGUGAAGGCUCAAGUGACCUUUCACCCUUCUCCCCCUCAAAAUCUGAAACCCAGAUUAAGCCCCCCCCCCCCCCCCCCCCCACACACACACACACACACACACACAACUAAAAUCCCUGACAGACUAAGCAGAAGGAAAAAAGCCCCGACCGCUCCUGUUCUCUUCCUCUUCUCCAGUCAUUCCAGCAGCCCCACAUGGUAAACUUGCAGGGUAACUGUGGUGUAGACCUUAGGCCACAGUUUUAUUUUCUUCUUUGUUUUUUUAACUGAAUAACAAAUGUUUUAUCAUGAUUAUUUAAACUGUUAGAACUAUUUUGGCUCUAAUAUAGCAUUUCUCAAACAAUUACGUUCUCUAAGAUUCGAUUAUAUUUGUACUAUUUAUUUUAUUCUUUAUGCAAUGUUGAAAUAUCAAAAUGUACAUAGAAAUAUACUUAUCUAUAUUUAUAUGAUCAUGUAUAAAUAUAGCUACAAUAUGCAAGACUGAUAUGCUAUUGAUGACAAAGUAAGUAGUAGUAAAGGUGUUGCUGUCGUUCUCUUCACAGUGGUGCACCUAUCGUACGUCAGCCUGUAGAUAUGUAAAAUACACCAGUUGCUGUUUCAGAGUGUGAAUGUGCAUUUUAACUCUAGAUACUUGAUAAAUAUACAUACAUUUGUACAAGUUUGGUCCAGUUCUGGCACAUAUGAUGUUUAGUGCAUAAAAUGGCCAAGAAAUGUGUGCAUACAUAAAUCACUCUAAAAGGAAAACAUAAAAAAGUAUUUCACAGCUAAAUAUUCUGCUAAAUUAUAACAUAAGACAGUUAAGAUUGCUUUUGAUGUUGUCCAGCAUAGCUUUUUCUGCUCAGUAAAGAAUGUGAAGCAACAAACUUUGAUAUUUGGACCCAAAAGUUUCAGAAACGUUGGAUAAACCUAGAUGUGUGUUUCACUUUCAUGCAAAAAUGAACUGAUGGAGCUUCAGAAGCAGAGUAAACGUUGUCUUAGACGGUUGGCCGUCGGCUGCCUGUGACCUGAAGCCUACAGAGGAUGAUCCGUCUCAAAUGUAGGAACUGUAAAACAUGGAGGUGCCUAAUCGUGGUGAUGUCCUCGACCGCUUCUCUGUGAUUUAUGUGAAUGGAGGGCACUUUGUCAUUUAAUGUUGACCUAUUUUUUCUGAUUGAGCCACACGAGUCUUAGAAUAAUUCUUUUUGCACUUUGGACGAUCAACGGUUUGUGUUGGACUGAGAAAGCAGUCCACAGUAACAGACCCUGGAAUGAGAGGCUGUAUUUUAUCUGGACAGCCUUAUCAGUGACAAGUCCUGCCUCACCAUGGCUCUUUAAGACGAGAACGAGCUUCCUUCUGUAGUCGAACCACACCACCCUGCUUUGGCAUCCCAUAACAUCCAGGAAACAGGCCUGACAGAAACCUUACAGAUCCCUGCCUGUCUCUAAAUUAGCCCUUAUUCCUCUCCGGUCUCCAGGCCAGACACGAAGACCUGUUAUUUUGCCCGUUAGAGCCGCAGACAGCGCAGCGAGGACCCAGGAAAUGGUUCUACCUCCACACACAGGGGCUCUGGUGUUGUUAUUCUAAAUGUUAUAUUUACUGAGGCCACCAGAGAAUUCCUCUGGGCCAUCGCCAAGAACCAGCAACACAGGGAGGCAAGGAGGAAUAAAAUCAAGACGGAGAGGGACACAGCGUCUCCUCUUACUCUUCUUCUCUUGGCCAUUUCAGGGCAGUCACGUGCCUCAGCUGGAGUAUGUGAGCCCAUUACACCUCAUGCUGAGGAGAGCUCUUUUUAAAAAGCAAAAAAACACUGAAAUUUAGUUUGGUCAUAAGUGUUUUUCAGUUUUUUUCCCUCCCAGACAUUUGAGGACUGUUACAAGCGAGGCCUCCAGGCUUUUGUUGCGUAUUCUGUCUUUGACUCUGUUGUGGAAGUUGGGAUUGCUGUGAUAUCCCAACAGAAGACAUAAGCUAAUCCUAUUGAGAAUGUACUGUAAGUGUUUCAAGUGACAAUCUGUUGCUCUCUGUCAUUAGGUUGAAAAUGUUUUUAUUUUUCUUUAUUUUGCAAUAAUUAGUCGCUUGAAUGGCUUUAUGUAUGUGUUUAAAGGAAAAUAAAACUAAUCAUGUUCCCGAA